AUGUCCGAAAGGCGAUCUUCAAGAUCUCAUGGAUCUGUCAAGUAUGCAGGAUUUGAUGAUGGAGAAGAAUCAGAUGAUGAUUUUGCAGUGCCUUCUCAUCCUGCAAAGAAGCAAAAGUCUUCCAAGACAGUUGAAGCAGCAAACAAAUCACAGAAAUCUGUCAAAGAUGGGAGCAUGACCCUUGUUAAGGAUGUGAAAAAACAUGUGAUUACAUCACAGACUUCAACAACAAGGCGAGCUCCUUUAUCAGAGAAAGUUUAUGAACGAGAGUUACAAGAAGCACUUGAGCUGUCUCUUUUUGAGACAGGAAAAAGCCAAAAUGUUGUGAAUCAUGAUUUAGACAACUACAAACCCCAAGUUUCCGAAGCACUGACGUCUGCUACAGAUGUUCUUACAAACAGUGGACAGUUGGCCUCCAGCCCUGGGGACAUUUGUGCUGAGCCACAUUCCCUGGAAUCCUCCGUACAUACUGCCACAACAGUCACUUGCAGCUCCCGGUUAUCUCAUGCAACUGUGCUUGUGGAUGACAGUAUUGAACUUGUUGAAUCAGAGAAUGCCAACAGUGGCAAUACCCAGCAGGCACCAACACACAGGCAAGCUUGUAAAAAACCUCGGCUAGUCAACAGGAAUGAUGAAACUGAUGAAAGUGACUUUAACCCCGAUGAUGACAGUGAUGAGGACAAAAGCAAAGGGAACACAGAAAGUGAGGAUGAUGAUGAAACAAGAAGUAACACUGGCCGCAGAUGCACACAAAUUAAAACAGUAAAUCCAAAAAGAAAAAACAAAAGCUCUGCAAUGGCUUCAAAAAUAUCCAAAUCCAUUCAAAAGGGAAGUGUAAAGGGUGCAAGAAAGACAUUUGCCAAGUCACAACCUCCUGGACCAUCAGAUAUGGCAACCUCCAGCCUGUGCUCCAGCAAUCCCCCUCCAAGUAUGACCAAGCCAUCUGCAGUCGGCAGCAAAUCAGCAACUGCACCAAAGGUUUGCUCUCAGAAACUAGCCAGCAGUCUGAUCUCCCCAUGGAAGCCACCUGCUCGGGGAAGCUCUGAAGAGGUAUCAGCCGCCACAGUCAGGUCACCAUCUUCAGGUCUUCGUCUUGGCUUGUCUCGGAAUCAGAGAGUCAAGCCUUUGCAUCCAUCGGUUCAAGUGUCAUAA